AUGUUCAGCGCCGUCUCCAACCUCGGUGCCGGAGGCAUUAGCGAUGUCGCCCUCUCGGACACCGCCAACGCCGUCCUCUACGCCCUCUUCGCCCUCACCGGUCUCGUCUCGGGUGGUAUCAACAACCUGCUCGGCCCCAGGCUGACCCUCUUCCUCGGCACUCUGGGCUACGUCCUCUACGUCGGCUCGCUCUGGUGCUACCAGACCCAGGCCACCGGCUGGUUCGUCAUCCUCGCCGGCGCCAUCCUCGGUGUCACUGCCGCCCUGCUCUGGUCCGCCCAGGGCGCGAUUAUGAUGUCCUACCCGCUCGAGAAGGACAAGGGCAAGGCGUUCGCCGUCUUCUGGGCCAUCUUCCAGUUCGGCUCCUUCAUCGGCUCCCUCAUCGCCCUCGCCAUCAACAUCGAGCAGGGCGGUCUCUCCUCCGUCUCCACCUCCACCUACGUCGCCUUUGUCGUGAUCAUCUUCGUCGGCAUCGCCUCGUCCUGGUUGAUCCUCCCCCCCAACAAGGUCAUCCGUGCCGACGGCACCAUCGUCAAGCUCGAGGCCGCUUCCAAGCCCCAUGAGGAGGUCGUCGGCAUGUUCCGCCUCCUCAAGGACUGGCGCAUCCUCGCGCUCCUGCCCAUGUUCUUCGCGUCCAACUACUUCUACGCCUACCAGGGCGCGGUUAACGCGCACGUCUUUGACGGCCCGACGCGCGCGCUCAACGCGACGCUCGAGGGCGCGGGCGCGAUCGUCGGCGCGCUCGUCAUCGGCUACGGCGUCCUCGACCUCAAGUACUUCCACCGGCGCACGCGCGGCUACCUCGGCCUCGGCGCGACCGUGGUCCUGAUCGUGAUCGUGUGGGCCGUCGCGCUCUCGUGGCAGGUCACGUUCUCGCGCGAGUCGCUCGAGGCCGCCGGGGACGCGAAGAUCAACUACAAGUCGGCGGCGUACCGGGGCAAGGCCGCGCUCUUCUUCUUCUUCUACUUCUCGGACGCGUGCUACCAGGCGCUCGUCUACUGGGUCAUGGCCGCGCUCACGAACGACCCCUUCCAGCUCGCGCGCUACGCGGGCCUGUACAAGGCCGUGCAGUCCGCCGGCGCCGCGGGCUCGUUCGGGAUGGACGCGGUGAACACGCCGCUGCUGAACGAGCACCUCGCCUCUUGGCUCAUGAUGCUCUUCUCCUUCCCGUUCUGCUGGGCGGUGAUCAAGACGAUCAAGGAGACGAACUACGACGACGAGAAGAUGGUGUACGUCGACGACCUCAAGCGCCAGCAGGCGGAGGAGGGCGCGCACGAGCCCGAGGCGGAGAAGGCGAGCAUCGAGAAGGAGCCCGUCGCGCAGUGA